AUGCGUCGGAAUGACUAUUUGCGCUUCCUAAGCGAUUUCUCACAGUCAACAACAUCAGGAGAAUCAGCCUCAACAGACCGGCUGCUUACGCAGGUAUACUCUGAUUUGAUGCGCUGCCUCGACAAACAUUCGGAAUUUCUAAUGCGCCAGACGGAGGCUUGGUCCAUGUACACUAUGGACAACGGCGACAUUCAUCACCGGCACCAGCUACUAAGGCGCUUAGAUCAAAUCAACCGCGAGUACCACGAUGCUUCGUCUGACCGUUUCACGCUAUAUCGUGACAGUGCAUCAGUUCCUGUAAUAGUUACUUAUCGAGACCGUCAGUGGCACUCGAUGUUGCGCAUACUUUUUGUGUACGCAAUGUUGAAUCCGACCACUGGCUAUAUGCAGGGUAUGCAUGAAAUCCUUCUCGUGCUCAUGCGAGUCUUUUGCGCUGCGCGUGACUUUCCUACGAAGAGCAUUCAGCCGUGGGAGGCUAAGGUGCUUGGUCUUGGCAAUACAAACGAUACAGAAGCCGAUGUGUUCUGGUGCUUUUCCUCGUUGAUGGGCAUGUUCCGUAAAGUAUUCGAGUAUGAGCAGAAUAAUGUGUCGACACUCGAUCAGAUGCGGCAGGUAAUGGUGCUCACAACAAUGCAAUCGCCAGAACACUGGUCCGGAAAUGGUAUGUCCCACUGCCUACGGUUCCUUAGUGCACGUCUACGUGCAGAGGAUCCACAGCUCUGGUUAUUCCUUCAUGCGAACUCUUUGGAUCCGCAGUUACCAUAUUAUUCGUUCCGCUGGAUUGCUUGUUUGCUUGCAGCCGACCUACCGUCUGACGUAGUCGCAAAUUUGUGGGAUGUGCUGCUCUCUGAGACCGACGAGUCUUCAAACUUCGAUUCCAAUCCACACGUCGAGAUGCUUGUGCACAUGUGCUGUGCUAUGCUGCUUAUCGUGCGUGAUCAACUGCUUGAGUUGCGUAAUUUGAGCGGCAGCGACAAGGAUGCGAGUCCGAAGCUUGCUGUACACCGAAAAAACUCGCACGACGUAUUCUAUUCAUGCAUGCAACUGCUUCAGUCAUACCCUAUUCAAAAUGCUCGUCCUAUCAUUUCCUUGGCUUUCCAGAUGCGCCAGCAAACUGGAGCACGAAUGUUAUCUGAACGGAUGAAUUUGAAUCCUCGUCCACGCACUCGUAGCGACACGCAUCCGCGUGUCAAUAUUCAAGAGCGACUUGCUGCCACUGUCCAGCGCAGUCUUCAUGCACCAUCGCACCGAUCUGUGUCGCUAGAUUCCAAGAUAUCGCCACCCACAGCGACGCCAGCUUUGAUGUCAAGACCAGAACCAGUGUCCACAUUUUCUGAACAGGAUGAACAGCCUUUGAUCACAGCUUCUCCGCUCGAGGGCUCUUUUUCAUCCUCGACAUCGACACAGCAGGCAGCUGAUCCUCGUAGCUUGCUGCGUCGCUACACAGAUGCAAUUCAAGACUCCAAUGCAGCAGCAAGUAUGUCGAAAGCUGGUACCAACAUUGCAGCUAAGGCCCUGGCCUGGAGUUCACGAGCCGCGCAGCCAUCUGUGUCGGCCGCCGCUGUAGCAACAAAGACUGAGAAGACACAAGAGCGGCGAAAAGUACAGGAAUUUGCAAUUACGAGCACAAAGACCCACGAUGUUGCUACGAAUGCAUGGCAAGAUCCUCAGGAUCGAAAUGACGGUCCACCUGAAUUGCCUAUACCGACAGUCGUCGAUAGUCCGAAUGAUCGCGACACUUACCGGCGCGCUGUCGGCAUGGUAGAGACACCGACCGCUUUCGUCGGUAGCACGUCUGGUGUUCGGAAUCAUCAGACGACGCCGAUCGCUACAUAUUCAUCGCCGACAAUGGACGAAGAUCUAUCGACUUCAUUUUCACUUCCUAGUGUCGAGACGGCUUCACGAUUGAGCGAACAUGUGCCACUCAGCCUUGGACCAGCCGCAGCUCCGUUGGCCUCUCUAGACAAAGACGAUGCAUUGCCACAGAUCCGACGAAGUGGUGGUCUGAUAAGAUCUAGUGCUGGAUUGUCACUAUCUCAUCACGCAAGUACAUUAUCGACACAUUCGAAACACAGUCUUGACAUGGAUCAGCAAUCAUUCGGAGCUCGUCGUAUUAGCUCGACCCAUCGUCUUCCUUCCAUGGCUAUAUCGCAAGCUCAUUCCCCAACUGCAAAUGUGACAAUUACAGCCCCUGAUACUUUUGGUGCCAUGCUUUCACCGAACAAUACGCGCACUUCCUCACCCUUCAAUUUGGCUCCCUCUGCGCCAACGAGCGAGAAUCUUGACUCGCUGCUUGCCGAAAUGCGCACAAAUGAAUGGGUCAAAGACACAUAG